AUGGCCCUCGCCCAAGAGACGAAGCGCAUCACCGCGCAGUUCGAGUACACCGACGAAGAUGUGAACACGGGCGUCCAGGAAUUUCUGCGCCAGAUGAACGAAGGAUUGCAGAAAGAUGGCACGAGCAUGAGCCAGAUCCCCACCUACGUUACAGGAGUACCUAACGGCACUGAAAAGGGGCUGUAUUUGGCGGUCGAUCUUGGGGGCACCAACUUCCGCGUCUGCUCCAUUCAUCUUAAUGGCGACACGACCUUCAACCUCACCUACAGCAAGGUUGCUAUCCCCAAAGAGCUGAUGACAGCAAAGACUGCCCAAGAACUCUUCGCUUUCUUGGCAAAGCAGAUCGAGUUGUUCCUCAAGACUCACCAUGAGGAGCACUUUGAGGCGCACACUCAACGACGACAAACAAUAAGCACUCCAGAUGGCUUUGCGGAUGAACACCUCUUCCGGCUGGGGUUCACCUUCAGCUUUCCAGUGCAACAAUUUGGCAUUAACAAGGGCACAUUGAUCAGAUGGACCAAGGGGUUUGAUAUUCCUGACGCCAUCGGAAAGGAUGUGUGCGCGCUUUUGCAAGAUGAGAUUGAAAAGCUCCACCUUCCAGUCAAGGUGGCAGCUCUGGUGAACGACACUGUCGGUACCCUGAUGGCCCGUUCUUACACGUCACCGGGCAACACCAGCACGCUGCUGGGUGCUAUCUUCGGCACUGGCACCAACGGUGCAUAUGUUGAGAAGGUCACUAAUAUCCUCAAGCCCGUCGAAGGACAGUAUGACAAGUCGACUGGCAACAUGGUCAUCAACACCGAAUGGGGCUCCUUCGACAACCAACUGAACGUGCUGCCCAACACUUCUUACGACAUUGAACUAGACAAGAUGAGUGUAAACCCUGGAAUCCAGAUGUUCGAAAAGCGGGUAUCUGGCAUGUUCCUUGGCGAGAUUGUGCGCCUUGUCAUUGUUGAUAUGCUGAAGAACCCCAAUAUCUCGCUGUUCCGCGACGAGAACUCGAGCUUCAACGAUUGGCAGUCGACAACCACCAUUGGGGGCGACUCGACCAUUAUGAGGCAGUGGGGCCUCGACAGCUCCAUCAUGUCGAUCGCUGCGGCUGAUAAUACCCCCGAAUUCUCCACUUUGCGACAGCAGUUGGAGAGUCAGUUGCAUAUUUAUGCGGCCUCUAGUGAGGAUGCUCAGGCAUUCAAGAAUGUUGCAUACGCCGUUGGCCGCCGUGCUGCUAGGCUCUCUGCUGUUGCAAUUGGUGCCAUCGUCCUGCAAAGCGGACUGCUGAGUGACGGCACCGACGAGCCCAUUGACAUUGGUGUUGAUGGCAGUUUGGUUGAGCACUACCCCUACUUCCGCGACAUGAUUCACGAAGCUCUUUCGGCGAUCAAGGGUAUCGGAUCCGAGGGUACAAAGAGAAUCCGUAUUGGCAUCGCCAAGGAUGGCAGCGGGGUUGGUGCCGCCCUCAUCGCUCUUGUUGCCGCAGGCAUGGAGAAGCACAACACCGUUGGUCAUAACCUGAGUGCCAUCAAGAACGAUAUCACGCAGAAGGUGAUGGCCGCCAUUCCCGAGACGGGGAGCUCGACGACUGUGGUCUAG